UCAAAUUUCAAGUGAUAUCGGAAAACGAAUUUUUUUCGUUUCGCUUGUUUUAUUAUUCGAAUAUAGUCUUCGUGAGGUCCUAACUUUUGGUAGAAGUUUCAUUAGGUAACGAUCAAGCCAAAUUAGAAUGAAACCGGCUCCGUUUAUGCCCUACGGCGCUACGGCAUUUGGAAGCUGAUUUGGCGUGACACGCACGUACUCAUAUACACAUCGGUAUGAAGCCAAUUGGGUCAGAAUCCGACAUUCAAAACAUAUCGAGUCAUGAAAUAACAUCGACGUUCCCGCGAAAUAGAAACGAGAAACACGUAACUAAUGUAAUUCGCGACCAUACUUUCACAAAUCAUUUUUUAGCAACUACAUCGGGUAAGCGGAUCGAUUACCCAUCUGUCCACAAGGGAUAUUUUCCUCUUUUUCCUCGUCUUUGUCUCUCCGAUCCUCGUCAAUUCGAAUCGACUCGGUGAAGGGUGGACACCAAACUCUGGCCCGGGGCGGAGAUGGGAGAAAAUCGCCCACGAUUCUCGUCGAUAAAUCAUCGCGAAUCGGUGGUGAAACGAACGUGUUACGCUCGCACUCCGAUACAGUAAAAAUGAAAAUACGUCGCAGCGACAGAUACAGCAAAGUAUAAUUGGGUGUAGCCGACGAUUCGAAAUCGAUGGUUCUAAUCUGUUCCGAUUAGACUACUGCCAAGUCGAGUGUCGAGUGCUCGCAAUAGCAUCGUUACUGAAAAAAAAGGUAGUGGCGCAAUCCCGAUCCGAACUAUCGAGAGUUAGCAGCCGUCCCGAUCACCAUCAACGAAAUUCGCCCCGAUUUUCACCCGCCGAUAUCGGCGCUGGUGGACGUCGAACGAAGACGGAUAGAACGGCGAACGGCGCUACGAGUUCCGCAUGAACGGCACCCACGUGUUUCAGUUGGCAAUGUAAAUAUAACGUAAUCAGGGCCCGAUACUCGUCCGCGAUGCUCUCUCGUCGACCUGAUAAUUAUGCAUUGAAACCCCCAUGCGGAGGGACCCGCCAAUGUCGGCUUAUCGGACGCUGCGCCAGUUAUGAUAAAAGCAUCACCCAUCACCCAUCACUCGCUCAAAACUGGCAGCGGCAGAAUCGUAGCGAGUGACUCGUCGUGGUUGCGAGUAAGCGGGUAGCGCACAGACGGAUAGCGAACCGCGAAUACGGCGAUAGUGGCGAAUAUAACGAGUUGCAGAAAGCGGAAAGCAAGCGCGCAAAUAACGAACGGCCACCGGCGAAUAAGCGGCCCCCGCUGCUAAAGAUUGUUGUCCGACACAUCACCUUAGUCUACAGUCGGAUACAUUCGUUCCCCGCUACAUAUUCGAAACGGAGCGGACCAUUCCAUAAGAGAAGCAUGUCUCGCAGAAGCUCUCCGGAAGGGUUCAGACAGCUGAUAAAGGACGAGGCGCCGUGGGGAGAAACCCUUCUGACCGGACUCGCCGAGCUCGUCGGAACUGCGAUUUUGGUAUUCAUCGGUUGCAUGGGAUGCGUGGGCUCCCUCGCCGACCCUCCGUCCCAGCUGCAAAUCUCUCUGACGUUCGGAUUCGCGGUGACAUGCGUUAUACAACUCAUCGGACACAUCAGCAUCGCUCACAUCAAUCCGGCCGUGACGAUCUGCUCGAUGAUACUCGGCCUCAAGUCCCUUCCCACGGGGGUGAUAUACAUGGUCGGUCAGGUGCUGGGAGCAGUUAUCGGCUACGGAAUGUUGAAGGUUGUGACGCCGAGCGACCUUCUCCACGCGGGUGGCGACGGAUCGUCGAGCACCUCUUUCUGCAUGACGAUGGUCUCGACGAAGUUGACGCUCGUACAGGGUCUGCUGACGGAGACCGUGGCGACGGGCAUACUGAUAUUUUUGUGCUGCGCUAGUUGGGAUCCCCGCAACGAGAAGAAUUCGGAUUCCACCGCGCUCAAGUUCGGACUGACCGUCGCGGCUCUGGCGAUGGCGGCCACCCCGUACACCGGUUGCAGCAUGAAUCCGGCGAGAUCGUUCGGACCGGCAUUGUGGAACAACGAGUGGACGGGGCAUUGGGUGUACUGGCUGGGACCCAUCGUGGGUUCGGUGAUCGUGAGCCUCGCUUACAAGAUCCUCUGGUGGCCGAGGAAAUCGCUGGAAGAAGAAAUUAUAGCCGAGGCGGUAGCGCUCAACGCCGUUGAGAGCGAAAAGCCCGAGGUGAGACCGUGAUUACGAUUCCGGUGAGCUCCGUCAUUAAUUACGAGCAAAUGGGAACCCCGACAGAUUCAGGCUAAUCGUUCUAAUCGUCGACCGUCUCUCUUGAAUGGUUUCAGCAAAACUGAUUAAGAGAUCCUCCGCGUCAGCGUGGAUCACAGCGGGCGCGAGGAUCAGGGGUUUCCUUUGUCCUCGUCUGACAGCCGUGUAGAAAUCUGUUGCUUCACGACCUUAGAAAUGAGCUGACAAAAUCAGUAAUUGACGGUGAAAAUGUUGAGGAACGAAUCAAAGAUGGAAUCAGGAGAAUUGAGUCGGUUACAGGUCAUGGUAAGGCAUACUCCUGGUCGGAGCGAUAAGGUCAGACCAAUCAAAUGACGGAGAAACGUCAAUCAGACUGAUUUUAAAUAUUUUGUACAAAGUUAUGAAGUUUACCGCGGACAAACUGUGACGAUGUAGAUUUUAGAGAGAACAUUCGAAAUUGUUAGGAAUUGAAAAUGGGCUCAAUUCGAAAGCUCUCGUCGAUCGAUGUAAUGUGUAUAAUACCUACGAAUCGUGUAAAAAUAGUAAGUCGAUUGACAGGAGGAGUGCGAUGAGCUGAAAUGACGCACCGAAGAAGAGUGUGACUAUAUAUUGAUUAAAAAGUGAGAAAAAAUUGAAACGAAUCCGCAGCAAUAAUUAUAAUAGAAGUAUCCCUGCACUGUCGCCUGAUUACUAUGCUGAAACCUACCGAUCGUGAGACUCGAAUUGUAUUUAGGUAUACUUUUAGGAACGUAACUAUACCCUUCGUUAUACGUACUGAAUCCUAUCACGAAAACCCACGUACAGAUUUGAAGUUGGAACUCCGGCUUAUUUUUCAUUUUCCAAAUUUUUCGGUAUAGUUCCGAGUGCCUUUUGCCGUAUCCGCAAGCUUCUUGUAAUUAUUCGAAAGAGUCCUGCCGUUUUUUCCAAAAAAAAAAAAAAAAAACAUCGAUCGAAUAUUAUGCAAUAUGUUCACCGCGUACCUCAAUUUAAUCGAUGAACGCGAUGCCUCCUUAUUUUCCAAAUCACGCUAGGGGGUCUCAACUUCACUUGUUAGAUAUUGCGAUGCGUCAUUGAUAUACUCAAUAUACCCAUGUAACUAUUUGCUCGGCGCAUACAUCGAGUAAUGAACGGUUAAGUGAAUAGGCAAACUUAUCGUUAAAUAAAUAUACCUGCCAAUCCUGACUUCUCAAUUAACCCGUAUAAGUAUAGUAGUAGAAGUAUGGACGCAUGUGUCUUAGGCAAACCAUUGUUUUCACCGCAUCCGUGGAAUGCUAAAAAUGUCCAAAAAAGCCUGCGGGUAAUGAGGCGCCUUUAAAAUGUGAUCAAAAUAUGAAAUUCGGCUCCAGGAGCGAAGGUAAUUCCAAGCGAGUCGACUCGGCCUUGUGUCGCGCAAAUUUUUGCAAAGCUCAAAAUGGUUUGAAUUUUUGAAAACCUUUGAUCGAGUUACACUUCUUUCUCGCUAUCUUCGGUACAACUAUACCUGCAUGGAGUUAUCUUGAAUGCCCCAUUUUGCCCCGACCCAUCCACUAUAAAUAUGUAUAAGAACAAGCAUGGUAAAUUUCCGAUAUUUUAUCUAUAUUAUAUAUUUGUAUAAAAUGCAUACGAUGUACGAGGGUGUUUGACGUUGGUGUGCGACGCGAGUAUGUGCAAUUUUUAACCAUUGACGUUAUUAGAAUUUGAUCGUUUUACAUAUGAAUUUCUAUAAACAUUCUCGCGAUGGAAUUGAAUUAUGGAAGGAUAUUAUCGCGGUUAUCGAUACCUGUAUUUAGACACAAAUGAUGUUCAUACCCUACAUUCCAACUUCUACGUAAAGGAGAACGGGCCCAUAUCCGAUCCGAAUGUAUGUCCAACUAACGGUGAAAAAGUCAUUGUGCAAAAUUGGGGUGAAAAAAAAAAAAUCAGGUUCAAGCCUCAACAACGUAUCAAAUGUUGAUACCUUGGUAGCAGUGCUUCAACUGCACAGAUAUCCUCGAACACAAAGCUCACUCGAUAAUGUAUAUUAAGGCAUUUUUAUACCCCAGGUCCUCGAAAAAAUUUGUAUAAGAAGACGUGAAAAAUUUAUGCUUGUAUACUUUACGUCAUAAUACUGGAUGAUCGUUGCCGUCAUUCUUUUUGUUAUCAUUGUUGUUACCGUUGUUAAUUUCAUCGUUACUUUUAUCAUUAGCGUAAUGUCCGUCAUAAUUACUAUUGUUAUUACUAUCAUUAACAUUGGAGUUGGAGAAAAUUUUUGAACAUUACCAGACGCACUUCUGCUUCGCACUGAAACCGGUAGACGUAUGAUGGUGUAUGUUGCGGUGUAUGUCAUCGAAGACGAUUGUGCGCGAGCAGGAAUUCCAAAAAGUGAUUAUUAAUGUUAUUUUCGCACGGCAUCUAUUAAUAUUUGUUACCUAGUAUUCAUAUUUUAUAUAUAUACGUAUAAUAUGCGGUAUACGCUGUAUACUUAUUAUUUUAUCAUAAUAAAUAUAAUAUAAUUCUUGUUGACCAAAA